UGCAAUAUCAUCGUCUAGUCGACAAUGAUAAAGUGAAAUAAAGGCAACAUCAUCGAGCCAUAAAAACAAAGCUUAAUUGCUUAUCAUAUCAGAAAAAAUGUUUGGUAUUUCAAACAAAAUGUUUAUUACACAAGUUUCACAAGUUUCUUAAGUACUUUUAGAACGAACACAAUACUGAUAUCGCUGACACAUCAAGGUAGACUAGGUACAUAGUUGAAUGCAGUCCUCUGAUCUUAUCAAAUUGAGGAAGCAAUCUGGGUCUUCGUGUCCCUUCGAGAAUAAUGCCCUAUUAAAGGGAUGAUAUGUAAUAGCCUAACCACAACAGAAAUGUCUAUAUAGCGUAUUGUCUCUGGCGAGUCAGAGAAAAUUCAACCACAGUUAAUUUUAAAGGUAUCAAUUUAAAAAUCCUCUUCGCUGUCAAUCAUUACAGGUAAACAAUUAAACUUGAUACAGUUUCGGGGGCGAAGGGAAUAUUAAGACAAUAAGUGUAGGUUUUUCUGAUUCAGGCAAGAAGAAAUGAAUCAUACAUUGUAGUUGUACAUUUAAAAUAUCUUUGAUGACUUUUUAUACCCUAUUUCUCCUAGUGUUCACGAUAGGUAUAAUCAUGGAAUUUACUAGUGUUUCUUUUCUUUUGACUGUUAUAUCAAUUGCAAUUUGUGCAUCAAAUCCUUCACAAGACAAAAGAUGCUCGAGCCAUAUUCCUAAUGGUGUAUUGGGUAGAAAUUGUACUGGAAAUGUUGGCUCCUACUGCCAAGUGUCAUGUUACCAUGGUUACCAACUACAUAACGACGUUUUGGGUAUAUAUUGCAACAAGGACAGACGAUGGUCUGUGAUAGAAACUAAGAUUUGUCAACAAGUUGAAGAAAACAUUCCGGAAAAGCGGUCAUUAACUACAGAGGCAGUCCUUGGGGGCGCUGUGACCGGAUUCCUUAGCGUCUGUCUGACAUACAUAGUUAUCAUGAUGGUUAAACAAAAAAUCAAGAAGAUAAAUGACAAUGAAGACUUUUCUCUUCAUCAACGGAGCAUUGAACAGUCACGUCAAAAUGACUAUUUGGAGACGGUGGCCUUCGUUUCGUCUUCAAGGAAUCCGACCACUUGUGUCAAUGAGGCGGAGAUUAACAGGACAGAGGUUAAACAAGACCAGGAAGUAAGAAAGCCGGAAGAAAGUACAGCCACUCGGCCCAACGACAAGCCGAAGAUUCAUCUGUAUCAUAACGUAUUCAGAAAAGGUUCCUACGAAAACGUGUGACUUCUCUCUUCAAUAUAUAAUACAAUUGUUGUAAUGAGAAAAUAGUGUGUUCGUCACAUGAUCGAUGUCCGAGUAGUCAUGGAAUUUUCCAUUUAUUAACACGAAAAGCAUGAUCAAUCUACUGCGGUUUAUUAAACAAUAUACUGCAUUUUGUAAUAAUUAUUUUGGAAAAAUAAACGUAUCGAAAU